CUGUCUUUCACUAUCCAUUUGUUACGCCCGCCCAACAGGUGCCUGUUUUAUGAUAGCUCGUUCGACGAAAUCUUAUUACAGUUGCUGUUUCUAGUUCUUUUCUCUUCGUAAAGCGUUUGUUACCGAGUUCUAAGCAAACCCUUUUGAGUUUUCCUUAGAUUUCGCCAGUUUCUCUGGUUUCACCCUCAAUUGAAUCAGGGUUUCGAAGGUCUUUCGCGUGUAGUUUGAGAUUUGAUCAUACUAUGGGUGGUCAAUCCUCCAAGGGAUCAGUCCAUGACUUCACUGUUAAGGAUGCAAGAGGAAAAGACGUUGAUUUAAGCAUUUACAAGGGCAAGGUUCUCUUAAUUGUCAAUGUUGCAUCACAAUGUGGCUUGACCGAUUCCAACUACACUGAGCUGAGUAAAUUGUAUGAGAAAUAUAAAGAUCAAGGUUUGGAAAUUCUGGCAUUUCCGUGUAACCAGUUUGGAGGUCAGGAGCCAGGAAACAAUGAACAGAUUUUAGAAUUUGCUUGCACUCGCUUUAAAGCUGAAUAUCCCAUAUUUGAUAAGAUUGAUGUCAAUGGCGAGAACACUGCUCCCAUAUACAAAUUCCUGAAGUCUAGCAAAGGUGGAAUUCUCGGGGACAGCAUCAAGUGGAAUUUUUCCAAGUUCCUGGUCGAUAAGGAGGGCCAUGUUGUUGAUCGUUAUGCCCCGACUACUUCUCCUCUUAGCAUUGAAAAUGAUAUAAAGAAACUGCUGGCUUGAUUGCUGGAGGUUGCUUCAUCAACUCAGAGUCAAUUAAGUAGAUACCUUUAUGAAUAAAAUUCUCUGUUUUUUUGUUUCCCUAUCUAUUAGAAGAUGGUUUAGUCUGUACUAGAAUUUAGAAGUGUACCUCAUAUAAUUUACCAUUGAAAAAUACAUAUUUCCUCGAUAUCAUUGUUUUUUUCCUA